AGCUAAUGACGAACAUAUUAAAUAACUCUUAAAUGAGAGUUUAAUGCUUGUCACUGUUUUAACUCCACAUAUUGGUUAUGAUAAGUCUGCUAAAAUUGCAAAGCAAGCUGAUGCAGAAAAUACCACAUUAAAAGAAUCAGCAGAGAAAAAUGGUAUAAGUCCAGAACAAUAUGAAUGGGUGAAACCUGAAGAAAUGAUUGGUCCUAAAUAAAAUUGAUCAACAAAACGAAAUCAAGUUAAUAUUUUUUAUUAAUAAC